UGAUUUCUUAGAAAUUUCGAUGAGGACACGUUAUCCUUAUAAGUAAGUUUAAUUGUAUCAUGGAGUAGCAGUGUGCCCCACACAGCUUGGCCAUCGUGUACUGUAACUGAUAUUUCAAAUCUGCCUGCACACAGGGUGGAAUGAGAGGUGAUCGCGCUUGAUUGGGUAUCAAAUGAUAAAUCAAAUGUGACUGGAGCAUUCAGUAUUAGUAUUGAAGAAAAUUGGUAGGUGGCAGCAGAGUUAACUGUCAUGAGAUGCAAGCUGAACAGGUCUGCCAUGACAGCCCUUCUGCAUGGGCCAAAUAAUAAUUAAAAAUUCCUAGCUUGAAAACUAUUAGCUUGUGACAGAAAAACUGGUUAAAAAAAACAAGGUAAGUGAAUUAGUAUAAACUUAUAUAAUACCCAUCUUAGAUUUGGCCUAUAAACUCAGAUAAUACCCAUCUUAGAUUUGUUGACCUAUAAACUCCAAUAAUAUCUAUCUUAGAUUUGUUGACUUGACCAAAGCUUUGCUAAUCCACUCACAAAAAUAGCUGAGGUGGCAGAUCUCUAAAUAAUUCUUAACAAUAGAACUGCAUUGUUCUGAGACUAAGUCUGGACCUUGAAGUACUUUCAUCCAUUCUCUCCCACUGAUCUCGGGUUACCACUCUCGCCUGACCAAGUAGGGGUGGCAGGACCCACGGACCACCCCAGGUAACCUCACCCAAGGAUAGCCAUGUUAGCUGCUGCAUACAGACAAGCAUUGCGACGAGAUAGAAUAAGGAGAAUAUUAAUGGAUCAGGAGGAAAUGGUGGUGCGCAGUGGUGAUAAUGGCACAGAUUACACACAGGAGGCUUCACUGCAGCCUACACAUAGUGCAGUGACUCGUGUGCCUGAUAGUGGCACUAAUUCUGAGGGAGGCAUCCAGGAGACAGGCAGCACGGAGACCAUACAGCAAGGAACUAGUGGCGGGUGUGGGGUGCAGGCGAGGGGGGAGGAAUUGGAGGGCAGGGGUGUUGGAGGAGGAGGCAGCAGUACCAUGCAGGGUGUGGAGCGGCUAAGGGAGGUGCGGGGCCGACUGGAGGCACUGAGGAAAUGGCAUGAUGAAUGGACCUGCUUCAUUUGCUGCCAUGUUCGCACUGGCACCAUUGUCAUUGGCAUAUGGCACAUGUUGCUGCACCUGAUUAGCCUGUCUCUGAUUGCCGUCAUGAUGGUUCAUCCUGACAUUCUGAAACAAUCAGGCAGUGGUCAUGGAGGAAUAAAUUCUGGGACAGAGCAACUGUCUGUAGAGCCACUGGAUGUUCAAGCAGUCAACUGUGGGACUGAGAUGCCAUGUAUCCUGGCAGCACAGGGAGAUGGCAAAACAGACCAGGUUACUUCUAAUGACUUCUCCUUAUCCCUCAGUAAUUUCAUGACCACUCAUCGCCCUAACACAGAUGAAGUAAAUGUUGCGCUCUUCAUCACACUUUGUAUGUUCAUCGUAACACUGUUGCUGGUGCAUGGAGCAUUGCGCCGUCAGCCCUCACACCUGAUGCCCUUCUUCUUUCUGCAGGUCUUUGAUUUCUGCAUUUCAAGCAUGACAAUGAUUGGCUAUGUCUCCUAUCUUCCAAACAUCCGCCAGCUGAUUCAGGACAACCCAGCCUUCCCAUUCCAGCAGCAGCUCCUUGCCAUGAAUACUAAAUGCCUUACCUUCUUUGCAAUGUUAAUAUUUAUAUCAACCUUGAUGGUCAAGGCAUACUGCAUUAGCAUUGUUUGGCGGUGUUACAAGUACCUUAUGCUGAAAGCCCAGGCUGGCCGAUCUGUCUUGCGAUACUUGGGAGGAGUGUCUGGUCCAGUAGAUCAGGAAAGUCAGACCCUAGUCAUGGGUCAAGAUCUCCCAGACUAUGACACAGCCAUAGCUGAUCCACAAUACAGAAAGAAGCUGCCGGGUAUAUUCCCUGAGCCUCCUCCCUCUUAUGAUAUGGCCAUGGCAGCCCUUGUUGCUCAGCAAGAAUCGGCCAGUGAAGCAUGUGCAGGCGGGGCAGCCUCCUCCCCAUCGCAAGAGCAUUCUUCAGCCACCCAAGACCAAACUCUUCAUGUGUCUGAAAAUGUCAGUGGUGGUGAAAAUCUGUCAGGUGUUUCUACCACAAACAACACUACCCUUGUCAGUGAUUGCAACACAGCAUCUCAUGCUGUUCAUUAGAAAGUAUGAGUUUUAUCAGAUAUAUUGUUGUACAAGACUGAAUUAUGAAAAAUUAUUCAUAUUAUUUAGCUCCUUUAUACUUUGACGUUUUAGCUUCGUUAGUAGAUAGAUGAGAAUAGUGUAUUAGGAAAAGUUCCUGUUAAGCCAGGUAAAGAGUGUCAGACUUGCAACCCUAGUCAUUGAAUCUCUACAGCUUUUAUGCAUUUUGAAAAAUUAUGAUAUUAAAUAUAUUUUUUGAAUAUGAAUGAAUCAUAGGAUAUAAAAAGAUUCACUAGUUUUAUAUGAGGCAUCCAAAUCUUCUUGCUAGAUCACGAUAACAACAUACUAGUAAAUCCAUUCUUAAUUUAAUUAGCAAUUUUAUAGGUUCAUUCUUCAACAACUUGGCUAUUUCUAAGCCAAAAUUGCAAGUGAAAGGCUUAGCUAAGUGACAGCUGACUUUGACUCUUUUUUUUUCAGGCAAGAAUCACUUAAUUUUCCUUUACCUCUUUACUUAUGCUAUAAAAUCUCAACAUUUUAUAUGUUAAUUCAUCACAUAGGCUUCUUACUGGCAAGUAAUCUUUAUUUUGGUAAUGAAAUAUACUUUUUUGAGUGAUUACCAUUAAAAAUAGAUUUCUUGGAAACAUUUCAUGUAGUUAUGAUGUUGCUUUUUGCAUUGAUUAGUACCUGCUAUUAUAUAAUGUAUUAAGGAAUAUCACCCAGUGAGUGCAAUCACACCAAUUUUUCUGAUAAGUCAUACAGGAGUACCCGAUUCUUGGGUUAGACUUGACCAGUAUUCCUGUUGUGCAAAAUGAAGUUUUAAUAAUGUUAUUCUGUGGUACAUCAUUUACUGAAACUACCUUGCUUCUUCUUGCAUUCACACAAUCCAUUUAGAAGAUUAGUGUUCACUGUCUCUGAUGUAUUGUUUUUGUAUAUCAACUGUAUUCAGUGUCACUACCUUAGUAAUAUUGCCAUCAGAGGACAUAUGACCAUGUUAAUGCUGUCACUGGGAGAUGCUCUCACUGCUGUUUGGUCUGUGUAUUACAAUCUUUUGUAAUUUACAAGGUACCAAAUUAAUGAUAAAAAAAAUUAAUAUCUACAGAUAAGUGUUUUGGUAAAAAUAAAAUAUUUACAGAUAAAGAAGUAUUUUGGUAGGAAUACAAGCCAGUCAGUAAAGGAGAGCAUUAGGUCAUGGACAUUUUUUAUAGUGCAUGGCCACAGAUAUGCAUCUUUUGCUCCAAGUAGAAGCAGGGCUGAUCUUUGAAAGGCUUUACUUAAGAUUUUUUUUUAUAUACUCCAAAACACUGCAACAACAAAGGUGUACUACUUUUUAUCUCAACUGUUUUUGUAAAACAGUGCUAGGUCUCCAGAUUAGAUUCACAUUCUUCAGAACUAUAUCAGACUCACCUGGAUUUGUCAUUUAAAUAUGGUAUAUGUUUGACAUAAGGUAAAAUUCCUCACUUCUCUUCCCAAAUGUUGACUGGAAUAUUAUAUAUGCUGACAAUAUAAAGGAGGGGAACAGUGAAUAGGUUUGUGGGAUAUGGGUUUGUUGGUACCUUUAGGAAAGGUGUGAAAGAAUGGCUGGAUUGAAAGGAAGAAUAGAAAUUGCUUGUCCAUAUAGAAUAGACUGAAGGAAAAGUAUUUGAAUGUUCAUUUCAUGAAUUAACUAGCAUAUGUGACAACACUAGUUACAAGUAUAUUUUCUGCUUGUUUCUCAUAACCUAUGUAGUUACAUCCCUCCACUUGUGGCAAACAUUAAAUUAGGAUUUGUUGUCUUCAUAGUAAUCUAGUCCACUUCACCUGUUGUUACUGAAGUAGGCAAGGUUGCCCGCUUUUUUUAUUUAUUUAUUUUUUUUUAUUUAUUUAUUAUUUUUUUUAGAAAUAUUGUUGCUUGUUUUGAAGCUGGAUCAACUAAGAUGUAACAGGUAAUAGAAAUAUUGUUGCUUGUUUUGAAGCUGGAUCAACUAAGAUGUAACAGGUAAUUUGUAACAAUCUUAAUUUUAACUUGGAAGUGAAUUAGAGUAUAUCCAGAAUACUGAAAGAACAAUCAUCAGAUUCCAGAGCAAAUUUAGUCCCUAUUUCUUGAUGCUGGUGUCCAGUUCUACAAUGGCUGCAAGUGAACUGGAAAUAAAUGUUUUAGGUUUUAAAUCUGUAGCAAAUAUUGCCCUGUUAUUUUCAGUUAUGUGUCUGGCAGCAGUAUUCAAGCAUUGUACAGGGUUGAGAUUGCUGCAAGAAUCAGAAAGAUGCCAGUAGCCAGUUGGCUGUCAUAGAGAGACAUGGUACCUGUGUGUGCUUCACUUGUGUUUCUGAGGCCACAUUUCUUGUAUCUAUAAACAAUGGGUAAAUCUAACUUUUUUCUUGCAAAUAAAGUGCACAUUUAUCUUGUAUUUAGAGAGCAAAACUGUGGGGAGAUAGAAUUAGGAAUGUAAAGAAGAUAUUAGUCUCGGUUAGAUGCACUUAUUUUUCUGAUAUUGAUUGACAGGAAUGUAAAGAAGGUAUUAGUCUCGGUUAGAUGCACUUAUUUUUCUGAUAUUGAGUGACCACUUAUAAGAAAAGGCUCAGGUGGCCAUGAAAGGAAAAAGAAGGCUGGCUGAUGGUUCAAAUUAAAGGUUACUAAAUACUCUCUAAUUUGAGCCAUCUGUCAGUUCUCUUUUUCUGUCUGUCUGAGCCUUUUUCCUUGCAAGUGUUUCACAUGGUUUUUUCCUUCCUAUACAAGGUCAUCUUAAGUUGUCUUUGCAAGGGAAAAUAGUUUUACCCUUCCAAUAAAAGGUCACCUUAAUGAGUUGUCUUUGCAAGGAAAAUGUAAAGUUAAUCUAUUGUUCAUAAAAUGGAAGAAAUUAGGCUCCAUGAAACCAGCAAAGGUAGGAUGGCAAGCCACCAGUCCAUAAAACUCACAAUACAUACAUUGCAGCUACUGGUAGUGCUCCUUUUCUUGCAACAAUCAUGAAGAUAUGUAGUGUUUGCACACUGCUGGGUAAUAUUUCCAAGGGGAAAUUUCCAGUUGGUUUAUGGCCACUGUACAAGCGCAAUCUUGCCUCCAGUGCCACCAAGAUAUAAUACUGGAAUCCAACCCAUGUUUGUCCAUCAAGUGCACAUAUGCAGAUUACACUUUAUUCUUGUUGGAGGACUAUAACACAUCCCUGAAAUGUGUGCUAAUGAUCUCUACCUAGGCAAAAUUACUUUUUUGCAAAAUUUUCUUUUGUGUAAGAUAAAGAAAAUAUACGUAUAUUAGUGUGAGAGAAAUGCAAUAGCAGCAAACACCCAAAGAGAUUUGAUAGCCGCUCACAAGCCAUUACAAUAGAUUUUGACCAUUUACUUGUUGCCAUUGCUACUACUCUUCAAUGAUAAGUUUCUAGAUUGACAUCAUGUGUAUGGGCAGAGCCAAAGCUGCACCUUCCUGGUCUGCUUCACAUUUGUAACUACCUUAAUUUUCCUUUUACCACAAUAAUAUAUAUAUAUAUAUAUAUAUAUAUAUAUAUAUAUAUAUAUAUAUAUAUAUAUAUAUAUAUAUAUAUAUAUAUAUAUAUAUAUAUAAAAUAUUAGACCCUCUUUAUACUGGACCUUGUUAUAGCAGAUUUCUGCAUUUAAGACAUGUGUGGCCUGUGGACCAUCCAUCAGAUUUACUAGAUAAAUAUUGGUAAAUGAGGCAUGUUAGGAGCUCCCUUCUAGUGGAGCUCCUAACAGGGGGAUGGUGCGGGGUGGUGGUGGUGAGCACACACUGCAUUGACCAGGAUUGCACUGUCUGCCAUAAUUAUGGUAUUUGUCAUAAUUUGGUGUUCAUCUGCCAACUGUCAUUGUCUACCAUACACUAUGCCAUAAUGUAUAGAAAAAAAUGUCAUUUUCACAUUGCUGUAUAAUUAUUUGGGUUGGCUGGCAGUGCAACCCUGGCACCCACACACUACUGCUGCCUCAGUCUUCCAGUGGCAGAUGUUAUUAGAGAUUGUGGUGCUCCUGACCACUCACCCCCCUUGAUCAAGAUGGCAUUCCUCUCCUGCUCACACUGCUAGGCGGAAAAUCAUGCCCAUGGCACAGGAGAGAGAGAGAGAGAGAGAGAGAGAGAGAGAGAGAGAGAGAGAGAGAGAGAGAGAGAGAGAGAGAGAGAGAGAGAGAGGGUGGGAUAGAUGGAAGGAAGGAAGGGAGAGGAGGGUAGGAAAGGGGGGUUAGAGAUUGUGAUGCUCUUGAACCACUCACUGCCGCUUUAAUUUGAUUUUUGCCUUUAACCGUCAGUGGCUUCGCCCCAAUUAGUGCAGUAUGACAAGGGUUUACUGUAUAUAUUUUGCCAUUUCCUAAUGCUAAAUAAUUCAGUUAAUAUUAAAUAGUAUGUCGUUAAUAAUUACAUUACUAGUAAUAAUGCUUAAAGUUUACUGAAUUCUAUACAUCUUUUGUUUGCUUCAUUACAAAUCAAAAUUACUGAUUUAAUAAUUUCCAUGUAUUUAGUAUACAUGAAAAUUAUUAUUGUGUUUUAAGUAUUUUGUAUUUUUAUUUAUAUUUAAUUGGAAGUCAUAUUAUGAUUCAAUUUAUUAUUAUUUUAAGUUGAAGCAUAAUACUCAAACUAUUAAUAUAAACUGAAGUCAUAUGAAAAUGGUAAUUGGAGGAAAAAAUAUGGUAGAUAGAAAUGCAAAGCAGAGCAGGGAGGAGCAGCAUUGGCCAUGCCCACAGGCAUAACCCAAAAAUAGAUCAGCAAACAGCAUGAGUGGCAAGAAUGAGUUAAUUAUCAAAAUCCCAUAUGCAGUUUGUAAUGCCACCAGAUCUCUCUCUGGAUAUUUGUUGCUAUUGCAUAUUUCCCUCACAUCAACAUACAGUUGCAGUCAUAAGUUGUGUCCUGCCUCAUCACCAUGAUGAAUUGUAACCAACUUAGGUUUGAACAAUGGUCCAUUGUGAAGAGAGAAGUAUGAGAUGCUGGCAUGGGAGGGAGAAACCCUUCCUGUACCUACACCAGCACCUCACACUCCUCUUCACAAUGCACUGUUGUUCAAACUUUCAAACAUGAGCUGGUUAUGAUUCAUCAUGGCGAUGAAGCAGGACAACUUAAACCUACGACAGUACAUUAGCAAUGUGCUAUUUAUUUAAUAUUUGUUUACUUUACAGGAUGAGCUGAAAACUGAGAAAAGAAUGUCCUACCAGGUGGACAACAUUAGUAUUCAUUUCACUAACAGGUCAUAUCGGCAAAGGGAUGGGAGACCACAUUACUAAUAUUUUUUUGACAAAAGUGAACAAUGGUACUAUAUUAAUUAUGAGUAUUAACCAUAUUGUAAAACUUACUCUUUGUGUAUAUGCACCUUUUAUUGACGAAGUUAAUAAUUGAUAUUUUCAUACAUGACCAGUAGGCAGUAAGCUGAUCUGUUAUGAUAUUAAACUGAAAACCACUAACAAGAUGUUCCUACUGCACAACUGCUUCAAUAAUUCCUGUAGUGAAGAAGUUAGAAAACAAUAGGAACACUUUGUAUACACACAUUGCUGUGUUUUGGUCUAAUAGUAAAUAUAGACUAAUGGCAAUUUUUCUUCAAAGGUAAAGAAAUAUCUCAUGACAUUAGAUGUUCAUUGUCAUAACAGAUUUCAUAGUCAGAUACAAAUAAUAGCUCAGAUCCAUUAAUAUAAAAUGUACACACUAUUGCAUAAUGAAGACUAUAAGAUUCACCAUCCUUGAUUAAUCUACUGGAACAUUUGGAUUCCAGUGUAGUAGUAAUAUAUCCUGUCUGUUCUAAAGAUUAUAUUAUAAAUAAAGUUUUGCGUUGGA